AGCCGGCGGGGUGGGACUGACUCUGCCCUGCUCUGAUCCAAGACUUCGGAGCUUUCUGCACGGUUUAAUAGGAACCAGAGAGGUAGUUAGUGGCCAUUCCCCUUGGCAUGCUCUGUUUGGAAUGCCAUCUCCACAAUAACAAAGUAAUGAUGAGAACGACCACGAGCAUGUGCAGAGUGAAAGGAUAACACACCCAAGCCUAGGAUUAAACUAUGCAGUUUUCCAAGGCAAGCUCAGAUUCCUGUACCUUUGCCAUGAAGUGUUCUCACUCAUGUCAUCGUCCGGAAGAAAUACCUUGCCCACACUGGGCAAGAAAGUCUAACUAAAGAGGAGAAGGAGCAACUCAAACUGCUGGUAGAAGAGGAACUGAUCCAGAUGAAGGCUGAUGAUUCUCCAGACAGUGCUGAUUCCUCAGGCCAUGAAGUCCCGGUUUCUGUCAAACCGGAAGGCCAGAAGAGACCCCGCUGCACCUCCAGUAGCUCUGGUGAUGAGGUCCAAAGCAAACAGGAGCAGAAGAAGCAACGAAUGAGAAAGAAACUUGAAGUCAGUUCUGAUGAAGAAGAUUCUGGGAUUGAUUCUAAGAAAGUACCACUCCGCAGCACCUCAAAAUGUGAGAGGAAGUCCUCAGAGUCCUCUGAUCAAUUAGACAGAGCAGAAACUCACGUUGAUGAAUCAGGGAGUGAUGGGCUUCGUCCAGAGAACAAAGGAAGGGCAUCACACUGGAAGUCACAAAGGGAGAGCUUCAAAGGUAGCAAGACAACCAAGCAACGGUUUGUCAAGAGGCAGCAAGAGACUUCAGGGAGUGAGUCCGACGAAGACACAGAAGAGCAAGACAGCGAUGUACUGGCGGUAAUUGAAAAACACAUAAAAGCGUCAAAAGGCAAAAAAACUGAGCUGGAAUAUGACUCCGAGUGGGAGUUCGAGAAAAAGAAAAGGUUUGGCAAAGAACACAAACGGACUGAGGCCAAAGGAAAGGACAGAACGCAGGAUGAGCAAAGGAGAAAAAAAGAUGAUGAGCCGGAAGAAAAAAGUGAGCCCUCCAAAGUGGGGAAAAUACCCAGGAAAAAAAGAGUUGAUUCCAGUGAGAGUGGAGAGGAGGAGUGGGAUAACCGAAACAAGAAGGGGAACAAGAGAGGACAAAGAAUUCAGAAGGCUCAGGAGGAGGAGGAGGAGGAGCCUGAGAGCGAGGAUGCCUCCGGGAGUGAUUUGGAGUUAAGGGUCAAGAAAAAGAUGGCAAAUAGCGAACGAAGAAGAGAAAGUGUGAGUGCAGAAGAACUGGGAAGUGAUUCAGAUGGCAGCUGGGACAAGAGUCAGAUGAAGAAAGGAACACCCAAAGGGAAAACAAAGAGGCCACAGGGGAAAAAACAGAGCCAUAAAUCAGAGAGUGAUUCUGAAGGCAGUAGGCUGUCCAGGAAGGGAGACGUGAAGAAGAGACAGAGGAGGGAUACGAGUGGGAAGAAAGAACAGGAGGAAAAGAAGCAAGAGGUGGAGAAACCCAAAAGGACUGUGAUCAGCGAAGAUUCGGAAAGCGGAACGGAUGAGGCAAAGGGCUCGAAACGAAAAAAUCAGGGAAGGCAAAAAGGCCGUAGAAGUGAAGGACAGUCCACAAGUGAGACAGAGGAGUCAGAAAAAGGUAAAAGCACUUUCAGGAAAGAGACUCUGAGCAGCCACGAAUCAGAGAGUGGAUCCGACGAAUGCGAAAGCAAGAGUGAGACGGGGGAAAUAGGGCUUCAAAAGAAAAGCACGGAUGGGUCUGAGAGCGAAUCCAACGAGGGGGAAGAGAAGGUGAAAAGGGGAGGAGCGGAGAAGUCCCAGAGGGUGAGCAAAAAAGAUUCAGAGGCUGAUCCGGAGGAUUCUGACAGCAAAUUAGCGGGAAGGAAAAGAACUCCCAGCCAGCUGAAAAGAGAAAAAGGAAAGCCUGCAAAGAAAAUUAACAGCAAGGAAGCAUCCUACGAUGCAUCUGUGAAGGAGGAAGAGUCCCCUAGCUCAGAGGAUGAGGAUAAUCCCACAUCUUCCAAACAGCAGCAUCAAGGAAAGGGUGAGGAGCACCCCUCCAUCCGACGCCUGAAGCGCUACAUCCGGGAAUGCGGUGUGCACCGGAAUUACAAGAAACUGUUUGCGGGUUGCCGAUCUCGCAAAGCUCAAGUGGAGAUCCUCAAAAAGGAGCUGGAAAACCUUGGUUUGAAAGGGCCACCAUCUCUGGCCAAGUGCAAGGCCCUGAAGCAGAAGCGUGAAGAAGCAGCUGAGAUGGCUUCGCUCGAUAUCAGCAACAUUAUCUCCACAGAAGGCCGCCCAAGACGUCGCAACGUCUGGAGUCUGUACAGCAAGGCCCAGGAGCCACCCAGCUCUCCAGAGGAGCCCACCAUCCAACGCCGUGCGACAGACUGGUCCCAUCUCCGAGGGGUCAUCAGUUCAGAUGGGGAAAGCAAUUGACUUUGGAGUGGGGACAGGGGGAUGGCGAUGGCCUGGGUCAUCCGUUGCCCUCACCCUGAGGGAACUGUGAGCAACAACCUAGAAGUGGCUCAUUCCUGUUCUUAGCUCACUUCUUUUUUUUUCGUAGAUGUGAAACAAACCUGUUCGUAAAAUGUUAUGUUGUUGUCGACCAGCUCCUGUUUUGAGCGAAAAGGGGAAAGACUUUAAUACCUCUGUGGAAGGCAAAUAUUCAUCCCUUGCUAAAGAAUUAUGUUUGAGCAAAGUGGGCGGAAGGAGAUAGCUCAGUUCUUUAAAAUAUCUGGGUUAUUGCAUUACUAUCAAUUCCAUCUGACCCUUCUGUAGGGUGAACAUUCUUAAACAUGAGCACAAUUUAGUGGACAUUGGAAGGUGAUGGCUUCCCCCCUCAAAAAAAAAAUUCUUGGACCAUGAGUUUCUCUUGUUGUGCGGGACACAUUCUCCCUCCCUCUGCAACUUUUCCUUGGCCUUAACUUAAAACGGAAUGACAGUCAUUCUAGACUAGAAGGCACAGGGGCAGAAAAGGGUGGAUGUGCUUUUGUAGUGAGGAUCAUAUUUACCUGUUGUUGUAAAGGUUGCAUGUUGGAAAUUUUAUGACUGAAAACAUAAAUGUUUUUAUAUUUGUUAAAUAAAAGCUCUUUUGGAUUUUAA